CGAUCGCUUUUCGGACUUCUACCGGUGCCUGGCGUCGCGUCGCGCUUAAACAGCUGACGAACGUGGGGCUCGCAAUCGGCAUUUGUUCUCUUGUCGUUCGUUGUGGAGGAACACGCUCGAAUAUGAAAAGUUUGCAAUUGUUUUUUUUAACCUUUUAAUUGUGUUUUUAUUUUUGUGUUGACUGAAAAGUUGCAGGAAACCAAAAAUUUGUGGGAUGAUUGCAGCGUGAUUUUCUCUAUAUAAGUCAAAAUGGAUCCUAUAGGAGCCAGUUGUUUUAAUUUGCAGAUUGAAGAAAAUGCAAGGGCAAAUCUCGACGAAAAUGACCGAAAGAAUGAGCAAUUAGCCGAAAUUAUAUGUAGUGUUAGAUCUUUAAGUAAAUAUGAAGGAAGAUCUUUCCGCACCUUAUGCCCACAAAUCGCUGCGGCCGCCAUAGCUGCAUCUUACCACAUAGUUGUAGGAAUAGCUUUAGCAUAUUCAGCCAUAUUAAUUCCAAGUAUAAGCAAUGAAACUUCUACGGAUGGUGAGAUUUAUGCUACAAAGACUGAGUCAUCGUGGAUUGCAAGCACGAUAGUUAUAGUAACUCCAAUUGGAGGCAUUACGGGUGGUUUUAUAAUGGACAGUUAUGGAAGAUUAAACACCUUAAAGCUAGCUGUUAUACCUAGUGUGAUUGGCUGGAUUGUUAUAGCUAUGGCACAAAAUGUUCCUAUGUUAAUUAUUGGUAGAAUGCUUACUGGAAUUGCCACAUCAUGGGGAAGCAGUCCUGCCAUUGUUUACAUAACAGAAAUAGCAAGAGUAGAUAUGAGAGGCUCUCUUAUUUCCUUUGGUCCAGCUUACGCUUCAUUGGGUAUGGUCCUGGCAUUCUUAAAAGGUUGGUUCUUACAUUGGAGAACAGUAGCUUGGAUGUCCUUAGGUUACUCCGUCAUACCUUUAAUACUGAUCUCGUUUAUUAUUCCUGAAAGCCCUGCUUGGCUUGUAUCAAAGGGUCGAGUCGAAGAAGCAUCUAAAAGUUUGAAAUGGAUUCACAGAAAUCAACCACAACCUGAACAUAGGACUGAAAGCUUAGCAGAGCUGCAAUUGCAGUUAUUGCAAAAAGAACACCAGCUGAAACUAGAAGAGGAGAGCAAGAAGGGUAAUGGAUUUUGGACUAAAGCCAAGCUGUUUCUUCGACCCACCGGAUAUAAACCCUUAAUUAUAUUAUUCGGACUUUUUGUAUUCCAGCAAUUUUCUGGAAUAUAUAUAACGCUUUUCUAUUCUGUAACUUUCUUAAAGGAAACUGGAUCUACGGUCAAUCCAUAUUUAGCUUCAAUAUUAAUUGGAACUGUAAGAUGUAUUAUGUCCUGUGUGAAUACUUACAUGUUACGAACUUUCCAUCGAAGACCACUGAUUAUGUUGUCAGGUGUCGGAAUGGCUUGUUGCAUGCUGUUGUCUGGAUUCUUCACUAUGUGGAUUAAUAAUGGUACGUCGACUCAAAAAUGGGUUCCAACAUGCCUUCUUCUCCUGUACGUAAUCACUUCGAUGAUUGGACUACUACCAAUACCAUGGACAAUGACAGCAGAGCUGUUUCCCAUUGAAAUUCGCGGUAUUGCUCACUCAAUCGCUUACAGUAUAGCAAAUAUAGUCAUGUUUGUCUCCAUUCAAACAUUUUACAGCUUAGAAGACUUAGUUGGUGGAAUUGUCGGAGUUCAAUGGUUUUUUGCGGUUGUUGCUCUGAUGGGUUCCCUAUAUACUUUUAUAUUUUUGCCAGAAACUCAUGGGAAAAAAUUAUCAGAAAUUACAAAUUACUUCGUAAAUAGUAGUGCUAUUUAUCUCUUAUCCCGAAACAAAAACAAAACGUCUCAAAAUAAGAAACCAGCAUCUAGAGUACCAAACAAGAAUAUUGUAAAAUCCAAUAAGCAAAGUGAGAAACUAAUAAAUGAUAUUUAGUUAUACUUAAUUUACUUUUAUACUAAGUUUUAAUCUAAUAAUUUUAAUAAAGUUCUAUUGAACUUAAUAAUAUAGGGCUAUAUAGGCUGCAAACAGUAUUUUUUUGAAAUUAAAGUGUGGCUAUAACUUACAAAAAUGUAUUUAUUUUUUAUAAAAUUAGUGUGUAAAAUAACUGUUUUAUUAUUUUUUAAGACAUAAGACAUUCUUAAAAGUUUUUUACAAUAGGCCUAUUACUUUAUGUUUAAUGGGGUAUAAUUUUAAUUAUAUAGAUUAUUUCUACUUACUUAAUUUGAUAUUUUGUGAUAAAUGUAAUGUAUACAAACAACUGUUACAUUAAAUAUUUUUUUAGGAGU